AUGCCUAACUCGUGCGAGCAGUCACAUUUUGGUGGUUCUCUGGGCCAUAGUGGUCCUGUAUGGUCUGAGGGCAAAAACGACAGGGCGGCAAGUCGCUGUCACUACUGUGGCACCAUUGCGGGGCGAAGGAAUUCUUUGCCAUUGGGCGGAGGAGACCGUGGAGUGUGGUUUCACCAUCACCUCGGUGAGAAACCGGAUUCAGACCUCCAGUCCUCCCUGUACAGGCAGAUCCAGCAGGACCGGCAUGGGGAGGAGUCACUGAGGAAGAGCUCUGCGCCUGAUCUAAGCAACAGCCUAUACCUCAGGCAACUGAUGGCAGGCCGGGCCUCUGCACCACCUCAGGAUUACUACCUGGCCGACGCUACCUUAUCUGGUCAGCUCCCUGAAGAGUCUGGGUUUUACAGGGAUAACCAGCACCUGCUCACCAGAUCAGCCUCGCAUUAUGGGCCUAGCUCUGGUGGGGUGAGACCUACCUGGGAUCAAGGACAGGCAAGGGUGACACCCUCCAUGCUGCCCUCCGCUUCAACACCUACCCCCAUGCCUCCUCCCCCUCUACCGCCUCCUCCGCCACCUCCUCCCCUUCCUGUUCAUGAGCUGAGCCGUUUGUACAGAGAAACUCUUGGAUCUAAGAUGAUCCCAGACAUCCACUGUAUUGGUGGACGCUCUCCCUCUCCUGCAGUCUACGGGGUUCAUCCCCCUCUUCCUGUUUACGCUGCUGAGUCGCCGUCUCUCUCUGCUUGCCAAGCGUAUAACAAUUUCAACAGCUUGUCCCGGGAUCCCCGCCAGCCAGCUGCCACCAGUUCAGUGGUGGACACAGCUUCUCAGCGAAUGGACGGAGCUUUCCCUCGGGUGUAUGGAGCUAUAGCCUCCCAGAGGCUGCCUUAUGACCCAAAUUAUGACCCUAGCUCAGGCAUGGUGGCUGCAACAGCUGGAAUGACAUCGAGUCUGCCUUAUCAACAUCCUAGUGCCGCAGACCCCAAGAAGAUGGUGGACCCUGCCUUCUUGGCUUUCCUGCGAAGUGAAGGCUUGGCUGAAAGCACUAUCACUCUCCUGCUGCAACAUGGCUUUGAUUCCACUGCCAUGCUGGGAAUGAUGGAGGAUCAUGAUGUCCGCUCUGUGGCCCCUAACUUGGCCCAGGCCCGUGUUCUGUCCCGUGUGGCGCUCGGUUGCAAGGCCAGCGGUAUGGUUACGCGUGCCCGAUCCAACAGCUUCAGCAAUCGCAACGACUUCUACAUGCAACCCCAGGGUUUGACCAUGGACCACAACCUGAUGCAGCAACCUCCCACCACCAUGCAGACUGUGUCCCCCAGGAUGGGAGAGUUUCUUGGGAGAAGACCCAGCAGUGCACCCUCCCAACACCUCCUGGAGACCACCACUUACGCCGCAACACGGCCCCUGACAUCUGGACCUUUCCCUAUCAGUUCUGGAGGAUAUAGCAGUGCUGUGACUCAGGGAAGACCCUUCUCCAUGUACAAUGCCCACACCGGUCUUGCCAUGUCUGCUCUUGGACAGCAGCCUCCACCAGCUCCGGGCACUCCUGGAGCGGCACCCAAAACCUUCUCCGGCUCCUAUUCUCCCAUGGAGCUGAUGAAGAGAGCUCCCAACCUUCCCCUACCAUCGCCAGUAGCGGCUCCAAGCCCCCUUCACAGCCCCCAACUUCUUCGGAAAGGGAUGAAUGCUGCCCCUGAGAGUACCAUUGUUCCCGCAACUUCUUCCUCAACUCUCCACGCGCAAAACCUUAACAACUCCAAGAUGGUAGGACGUCGCACUGGUCCACCUGUCAUAGUCUCAACCAUGGCCACCACACCUGACACAAGUAUUCGGCCCCAAAUCAUGAACGGGCCAAUGCAUCCGCGCCCCUUGGUGGCGCUGCUGGACGGGCGCGACUGCACCGUGGAGAUGCCCAUCCUGAAAGACUUGGCGACUGUCGCCUUCUGCGAUGCUCAGUCCACGCAGGAGAUACAUGAGAAGGUGCUCAACGAAGCAGUGGGAGCCAUGAUGUACCACACCAUCACCCUCACCAGAGAGGACCUGGAAAAGUUCAAAGCCCUCCGCAUCAUUAUACGCAUCGGCAGCGGAUACGACAACAUCGACAUCAAGGCUGCUGGAGAGCUGGGCAUUGCUGUGUGUAACAUUCCCUCGGCAGCUGUGGAGGAGACGGCGGACUCCACCCUGUGCCACAUCCUCAACCUUUACCGGCGAAACACCUGGCUCUACCAGGCUCUCCGGGAGGGCACGCGGGUCCAGAGCGUGGAACAGAUCCGCGAGGUGGCAUCCGGCGCCGCCCGCAUCCGCGGCGAAACCCUCGGCCUCAUCGGCUUUGGUCGCUCGGGCCAGGCGGUGGCGGUGCGGGCCAAGGUGUUUGGCUUCAACAUCAUCUUCUACGACCCGUACUUGCAGGACGGCCUGGAGCGCUCGCUGGGCGUCCAGCGCGUCUACACCCUCCAGGACCUGCUCUACCAGAGCGACUGCGUCUCCCUGCACUGCAACCUGAACGAACACAACCACCACCUCAUCAACGACUUCACCAUCAAACAGAUGCGUCAGGGCGCGUUCCUGGUCAACACCAUGCGCGGGGGGCUUGUAGAUGAGAAGGCACUGGCCCAGGCCUUAAAGGAGGGCAGGAUACGUGGUGCCGCCUUGGACGUUCAUGAGACGGAGCCCUUUACGUAAUUUUGCCCAGGGCCCACUGAAGACGCUCCAAACCUGAUCUGCACACCACACACAGCCUGGUACAGUGAGCAGGCCUCUCUGGAGAUGAGGGAGGCAGCCGCCACCGAGAUCCGAAGUAGCCAUCACUGGCCGUAUCCCCGACAGCCUAGAAACUGCGUCAACAAGGAGUUCUUUGUCACCACGGCACCUUGGGCAGUUAUGGAUAACCAGGCGUCCACCCUGAGUCUCAACGGCGCUGCCUACAGAUACCCACCGGGCGUAGUUGGCGUGGCUCCAGGUGGCAUGCCUGGGGCGUUAGAGGGCAUGGUGCCAGGCGGGGUGCCCAUCGCCCACACCCUGCCCUCCGGUACACACCCCUCCCAGGCCCCGUCGCCCAACCAGCCCUCCAAACACGGCGAGACCAGAGAGCACCUCACCGAGCAAUAGCAGCAGAAGGGAUACGAAACGACGACAUCUCAUCCGAACGUGUCGACACGUCAGAACCAACCAAUCGCAAAGCAAACCGACCAACUGGGACCAAGAGACGGUGAAACAACACAAGCGGCUGACGGUGAAAUCGGUCAGCAACCGGGAACAAAGGAAGUGUUCCGGGGGAAUUUGUACUUUUAAUGUUUUAGUUUCUACUCUCUGUCUCUUUGGGUUCAGUACCGACUUUACUCUUUGAUGAUGAUGAUGAUGAUGGUUUUUUUUUUUUUCUUCGGGACAUGCCUAUGAUUGUGGACACAGAGUCGAGUGUUUUUAGCGCUCCGGGAUCAACCGAUGAGACUCUGUCCCGCCCCCGUACACCUCAGAGCUCAUGGGAAACGUAGGCCCACAUUUCAACACACCAAUGGGCGAACAAGAGAAAAAAAAACUUUGGCAUCAUGUGCUACUGGACCU